AUGCAAAGCUUAAACUAUUUAGAUUUAGUAGAAUCUAGUGUUAAGUGGGCUCUUCAUGCGAUGAAUAUCUUUGGCGUUUUUGACAGAAAUUUUGUAACCAUUCAAGACGUGUACGAUAUUGUCAAAGAGAUAACGCCAGUUGCUGACUAUAUACCCGGAGGAGCUAUUGGAUUAGAUAAACACGGAAAUGUUAUUGUUUUACACCCAAUCGGGGACUUACGGCCCAGGAAAAUUUUGGAACGUGUAAAAGUUUCUGAACUCAUCAAAGCAGCUGCUUAUGAAUGUGAAGGUGUUCAAUUUGUUCUUAGAGCCGAAGAACGGCGGCGGGGUAAAAGACUUGGCGUUGUACUGAUUAACGAUUUGCAAGGUUUAUCUUUAGAACUGGUGACCUCCGUUAAAGCUAUUAAAAUUUACUUUUUAGUAAUACAAGCAGUACAGAAAAUGUUUGCUGAUUCAGCAGUCAAAAUUUACGUAGUUAACGCACCAUUUGCAAUCCUCGCACUGUGGAGUAUGAUGGAAAGAAUUGUCGCUAAGGAUACUGUAAAAAAGAUUGAAGUACUUGGUAGUAAUUUCAAAAAUAUACUAGUCGAAAACCACGGCGCUGAAAGUUUACCAACAUUUUAUGGCGGCACCAUGGAGUUCACAUACAAGAGAAGUGGUGGCGAGGUUGAUCCUCUUCUCAUAGAGCAAAGUGAAGCCUCAAUAAGAGAUGCAAAAAAUAGAUUUGCAACAGACUUAAAGACUAUAAGUGUAUGUGCCAGACAGGAAGAACGAGUAGCAGUUGAUAUAGAAAUACCCGGUUCCAAAUUGUCAUGGUACUUUGAGAGCUCAAACGACAUUGAAUUUGGCGUCGAACACGAGGGAGUGGAGGUUUGGCCGAAAUUUAAAAUUUCAACGGAGUAUGUACCAGAAUACAACGAAAUUGUAUGCAAACAGAGUGGGCGUUAUGAACUUGUAUUUAGCAAUAAGGACGGUUUAAUAUGGAGUAAAAAGGUUCAGUACAGUUACUUGGUUGAUGUUCCACCAUCGUGA